GUUUUAUUCCGCGGCGAACCUAUGACCACACUCACUCGCCGUUCGAAUCUUUGAAUCGAAUCAUCAAAGCAAGUUAUCCAUUUGAAAAUCAACGGAGACUGCAGAAAUCGACAGGUCUUUCACUGACGUGGCAGUUUUUAAAUAAUUGACCGAGCACCAUGUCACUGGACGAGUCAUUCAACAAAGCCGCUGAGGACGUAAAGGAUCUAGUCAGUGCACCAGGUGAUGCUGAUCUUCUCGAACUUUACGCCCUCUUCAAACAGGCGACAGUCGGCGACUGCAACACGACUCGACCCGGAAUGUUGGAUUUCAAAGGCAAAGCAAAAUGGGACUCUUGGAAUGGAAAAAAGGGAAUGAGUCAGGACGAAGCGAAGACCCAAUACAUCGCUAAGGUCGCCAGUCUCAUCCAGUCAAUCGGAAAGAAGUAAAAUUAAAUUUGAAAAACGGUCUAACGAAAACAUCACAGUGUGAAUGUGAUACACAAGUAAUCGCGCAAAUAUGCCAACACAAAUGGCCUUCAUGUGACCGGAAUUGAUCGCCUAAAAUAACGAAAGAAUGUAAACAAUUAUCACUGCAUAAUUACUGCCCGGUGCUAUUUUGAAUUAAAUUAUCUAUACAUUUUAUAACUAUUUACUGAAUUUCUACAGUAAUUAGAUGAAUGUUAUGUGCAACUAUAGUUCUUAAAGUUUCAGAGUUGCUGCAUUAACGAUUGAAUUUUUGUUUUUGCAGCUGUUGAGGACAUGAAUUAAAUAAAACAUAGUUUCUUGAAUAAAA